ACUUCCCUCCUCUCCCGGGCCGAGGGAGCCGCUCUCCGCGCGGUGCAUUGUGGGCAUCGAGGUCGAGCCCGCCGCCGCCGCCGCCGCCGGGGGAGCAAGGAGAGGCCGCGACCGGGCAGGACACGCCGCAGUCGCCGCGCACAGCAGUCGCCUGGCCCGCCGCCGCCCCAGUGAGGCCCGCCCACCCGUUCGCCUGGCCCCCCGCCCCGGCCACCAUGCAGCCUGCUUCUGCAAAGUGGUACGAUCGAAGGGACUACGUAUUCAUUGAAUUUUGUGUUGAAGACAGUAAAGAUGUUAAUGUAAAUUUUGAGAAAUCCAAACUUACUUUCAGUUGUCUUGGAGGAAGCGAUAAUUUUAAGCAUUUAAAUGAAAUUGAUCUUUUUCAUUGUAUUGAUCCAAAUGAUUCCAAGCAUAAAAGAACGGACAGAUCGAUUUUAUGUUGUUUGCGAAAAGGAGAAUCCGGCCAGUCAUGGCCUAGGUUAACAAAGGAGAGGGCAAAGCUCAAUUGGCUGAGUGUGGACUUCAACAAUUGGAAAGACUGGGAAGAUGAUUCCGAUGAGGACAUGUCCAAUUUUGACCGCUUCUCGGAGAUGAUGGAUCACAUGGGUGGUGAUGAGGAUGUAGAUUUACCUGAAGUAGAUGGAGCAGAUGAUGAUUCACAAGACAGCGAUGAUGAAAAAAUGCCAGAUCUGGAGUAAGGAAUGCUGUCAUCGCUGGGAUCUUGAGACAGAGAAAUAACUUCUGCAAGAUUUCAUAAUUGAGAAAAUUCCUGAGUUGAUAGCUCUAAAGGCAGAUGCUGUGUUUGCCUCCUUUAACCCAUUUUUCAACCUUUUUUUUUUUUUUUUUUUUUUUUUUUUUUUCUUUUUUUUCUUUUAAGGCUUCACUAAGGGUUGAUAAUGUACCAUUGUAUGGGGCAAUUUAAGUCAGCUAAGGCAAUAUCCUUAUGCAUGAACAUUUCCCAGGAUUCCAUGAAGCAGUUGAAAUCCUAGGCAACUGAUAGAGCAGCUCUGAUGAGUAAACACAUUUCACCUAAGUCUUUCUUCAUAACCGUUACUUACAUGUUAGGAAGCUCAGCUUAGGGAGAGAGAACUAGUUUUAGAUCCUCGACCAUGGACUUGAAGGGGACUGGGACAAAUUGGCUGAUAUCUUAAACUGAUACCCUGCCAUUCUUCCAGUGUACCUUUCAGAAUUAUUCCACUAAAGAUUAUUUUUCAAAAAAAGAAAGUACUUUAUUUACAUCAUUGUAUGUGGUCACUUGCCAGUGUUGAGGUGUAUUUUAGUUAAAACUAGUGAGUGCCCUAACUUAGAUGGUUUUUGAAGCCUAUACAUUUGGUAUUGUUUGGCCCUUGAGCUCUUACAUCUCUUAGCAUGGAGGACGAAGAAAGCUGUACAUUGUUGCUUGAGAGUCUGUACAUUUUAGACCAGAUUUGUAUUUGCACUGUCAGUAUGGCAAAUGAGUGGAAAAUGUUAAUACACUAUUGGGUUUUUUUUUUUUUUUUUUUUUUUAAUUUCCUGUUUUGAUUUCAGCUUAUGCCCUGGCUGGAAAACCUCAAUUUUAUGUUCAUGACAGUGGGGAUUUUUUUAAAUGUCUACAUUCUUUCUAAUAAACUGUUGGAAGAUUU